GGCAAUGGCCGGGCUGAAGUGCAACGAAGACAAUCUUAUCUUCACCGCUGGCGACAAUCUACCUACCAUCACCGUUUUGGCUUGCGAGAACAUCGAUCCAGACGCCACACACCGCAACCGGGCCUUGAACCACAGAGACGAGCUCGCCCACAGGUUAAACACAGGGGCCGGCCUAUUGAGCCUGGGAGGUAUGCCAACUGGCGGUAGCCUUAAGAAGAAUGGGUUUAAGAAGACUCCCAUUCCCCCGAGGAAACCCAGUGCGAGAGCAGCACCUAAAGCGUCCAUGACCAACAUGCUAUCCGUGUAGGCUGAAUAAGCGCACACGUACACGAUCCCCGGUCGCUUGCUUCGUCAUGCAAAGACUGGGGCGUUGCGCGUGAAGGAAAACGCCCCCUUCUAAAUCGCCUGGCCAGGCCUCGAAUGGAGAAGGCUCUCCGAAGUGAUAAGAGAAUAUGCCUGAAUACCCAAAGGGACGUAAUGUCGAGUGUUAGAAUCAACAGUACGACACAAAUGGAGCUAUGAGUGAUAUUUACAAUAAACCCUCUUGACGAAAGAAAUCUUGGUGGGGUUUGUCACAACCGGUUGCAAGUGUUCUAUACAAAAAAAUAAAGUAACCAGU